AUGGCGCUCCUCAAGCUGCUCGUCGCGUUCACGGCCGUCGCCCGGGCGGCACCCAUCGGGCUGGAAGAGUCGCGCCGCCUCCAGGAAGCGCUCGAGGCGAACGCCAAGGUGGUCACCGCUGGGGCCACGAGCGACGGCCCCGAGGUGGGUCUCACGGCCGGUGCCACCAGCGACGGCUCCGAGGAGGGUUUCCUCUUCGCCGGCGCCACGAGCGACGGCUCUGAGGAGGAUGGCAACUCCCUGGAGGAGCUGCGCACCCAGGGCGCCGUCACCGCAAGCGCCACGAGCGAUGGCCCCGAGGAGAUGCUCACUGCCGGCGCCACGAGCGACGGCUCCGAGGAGGACGGCAACUCCCUUGACGAUCUGAUGAAGUCUGCCACAUCAGGCGCCAUCACCGCAAGCGCCACAAGUGAUGGUCCGGAGGAGGUGCUCUCUGCUGGGGCCACCAGCGACGGCAGCGAGGAGCAGGAGGGCAUGCUCACUGCUGGUGCCACGAGCGAUGGCUCCGAGGAGCAAGAGGCCGAGAUGGCCGCCAAGAGCGAGCCGGCCAAGCCCAAACUCAUGCUCGGAAAGUUGAGCUCGGUGCUUGGCGGCGGCCUCUGA